CCAGGGGGGGAGAACCUUGGGAGACACACUCCCUGGACAAAUCCCCUAAUUUCCAAAACCAGCAACUUGGCUUUCCACAAGCAAUCAAACCCCCCCCAACUUGACCCUCUCCCUCCCACAGUUGCCCUUUCCUUUCCUGCAAUUCAAUUCAAUUCAAUUCACUGAACCAAACCAAUCCACACACAAUCCCCUCUCUCUCUCUCUCUCUCUCUCUCUAAUGUCUCUGUCUUUUUUAAUGAUAAACCAGCAGUAAUCAUCAGAUUUAAGAAGAGGAGGAGGAAGGAGGAGGAAAAAGACAUCCUUUGAGCAAACAACAAAUACAGUGCACCCGUCCCGUCCCUUUCGCUGCCUCCCCUAACCCCAGAAUUCCUUCCACCAUAGACCAACAGUCCUCCAUUUGAUAAACACAGGUCCCUUCUCCUUCAUCAUCAGCUCAGUUGAUUCAUCGCCUCUUGAUUCCACUCGAGCGGGCGAUAAGAGUCUCUUAUCAAGGCCGGGUCGGGUACCCCCUUCAGAUGCAAAAGCUGUCUGGUUCCUCUGCCUCUGCGUCUCGCCUGUCGUCGGAGUCCUCCCAUUACAGCAGCCCCCACUGCUUGAUUCAGUACCACAGCUGGGUCAUCGGGGACGACGUUUCUUGGACCAACCGCCGCGGAAGCUUGCGCCUUGAACAUGAACAGAUAGGAUCCGCCCUUGAAGGAAUCGGAAAAAUCGUUGCUUGGGGCAGUUCUGUAUAGCAUUUAUACCGGCUGUGGAGUUUCUAGUUGCGUUCCGGGCAAGGAAGAUCUCACGGUUGCCAGACCUCGACGCAAUCAUGGAAGGUGCAGAGAGAAUGAGAGCUGGCACGCCGGCUGCUGCUGCUCCGAUAGGGGGAGCGAAGAAGACAGUCCAUUAUGGGGCGGCGGUGAUCGGCCCGGGGAGGAACGAGUCGUUCAUGAACAACCGGAGUCUCUCCCACAACAAGAACGGGAAGAGGCUGCUGCCGUCGAGUUACUUCAGCUUGGAGUCUCUGUUCCUGCUGAUAUGCCUCACGGCAUCGCUGUUGAUACUGCCGCUGAUACUCCCGCCAUUGCCGCCGCCGCCGUUCAUGCUGCUCCUGCUCCCCAUCGGGAUCAUGGGAGUGCUCAUGGUCCUCGCCUUCAUGCCCUCGGAGGUCAGAGACUUGACGAACACGUAUAUGUAAUGUAAAGGAGAAGAAUUUGAAGAAGAAGAUGAUGAGAUGACCCAAAUUUUUGCUUUUUCUGUUCAGUCUGUGUUUUCUUGUUUUGAUGUUCUGACGAAUGAGUAGAAUACGAAAAGGAUGAAAGAGUAAGCAGUUCUUUUAUUUGUAUAUCUCCAUCCCGAGCAAAUUUGAUCUUCCUGUAACAAUUUAGAACUGCACUACUCGGUUUAAUUGUCGCCUACGACUAGUAGUAAUGGUUACAUUGGUCGA